AUUUUACUUAUUUAUUUACUAGCACUAUGCCCUAGCUUGGUCAUUGCACAACACACAAAAAAAAGUCUAGGUCACUAAUCAAUUAGGUCAACUUAAUCACUUUUAUUUACUAAAUAAAGAAAGCAUCACGAUGCUCAUAGGACCUCGCAUUCCAGCCAGUUUUCCAUUCUUCUAGCAAGCUCUCUGAUUCUUUAUUUCUUAUGAACACCGUAGAAAUAUUACUCCUACCUUGCUUAAGCUACACUGCUAAUCUCCUAGUACAUCACCCACACUGUCAAGCUAGCUACACACACCUACGUGCGCACGUCCGCUCCGAUGGCGGCGAGUGUCGUGUCCGACAAGUCCAGCGGCGGAGCGAGCUUGCUCCGGCCGUCGCGGGUCUUGUUCCUCGCCGUGCUCUCGACGGCGUUCUGGUCGGUGAUAUUCUACGCGCACCACUCCGCCGUGCAAGGUAACGCGACCAUGGCGUCCGUCUUGCUCCGGCCGUCGUCGUUCUCCCGCCCGCUGCUGACGUCGUUCCGGCUCAUCGGCGGCGGGCUUGACCGGUGCGCCGGCCGGCGGGUGUACAUGUACGAGCUCCCGCCGCGGUUCAACGCCGAGCUCGUCCGCGACUGCAGGCUGUACUCGAGGUCCAUGGACGUGUGCAAGCUCGUCGUGAACGACGGGUUCGGCCCGGCGCUCCCCGGCGGAGGCGCGCUGCCGGAGCGGGACGUGUACGACACCGACCAGUACAUGCUGGCGCUGAUCUACCACGCGCGGAUGCGGCGGUACGAGUGCCUCACCGGCGACGCGGCCGCCGCCGACGCGGUGUUCGUCCCGUUCUACGCCGGGUUCGACGCGGCGAUGAACCUGAUGAAGAGCGACCUCGCGGCGCGCGACGCGCUGCCGCGGCAGCUCGCCGAGUGGCUGGUGCGGCGGCCGGAGUGGCGCGCCAUGGGCGGGCGCGACCACUUCAUGGUCGCCGCGCGCCCCGUCUGGGACUUCUACCGCGGCGGCGACGACGGGUGGGGCAACGCGCUGCUCACCUACCCGGCGAUCCGCAACACGACGGUGCUCACCGUCGAGGCCAACCCGUGGAGGGGCAUCGACUUUGGCGUGCCGUUCCCGUCCCACUUCCACCCGACCUCCGACGCCGACGUGCUCCGGUGGCAGGACCGGAUGCGGCGGCGCGGCCGCCGGUGGCUCUGGGCGUUCGCCGGCGCGCCGCGGCCCGGGAGCACCAAGACGGUGCGCGCCCAGAUCAUCGAGCAGUGCACCGCGUCGCCGUCCUGCACCCACUUCGGGAGCUCGCCGGGGCACUACAACUCGCCGGGGCGGAUCAUGGAGCUCCUCGAGUCCGCCGCGUUCUGCGUCCAGCCGCGCGGCGACUCCUACACCCGCAAGUCGACGUUCGACUCCAUGCUCGCCGGCUGCAUCCCGGUGUUCCUCCACCCGGCGUCGGCGUACACCCAGUACACGUGGCACCUGCCGAGGGACUACCGGAGCUACUCGGUGUUCGUCCCCCACACCGACGUCGUCGCCGGCGGCCGGAACGCGAGCAUCGAGGCGGCGCUGAGGAGGAUCCCGGCGGCGACGGUGGCGAGGAUGCGGGAGGAGGUGAUCCGGCUGAUCCCGAGGAUCACGUACAGGGACCCCGCGGCGACGCUGGUGACGUUCCGGGACGCGUUCGACGUCGCCGUCGACGCCGUGCUCGACCGCGUGGCGAGGCGGCGGCGCGCCGCCGCCGAGGGGAGGGAGUACGUGGACGUGUUCGACGGGCACGACAGCUGGAAGCACAACCUGCUCGACGACGGACAGACGCAGAUCGGCCCGCACGAGUUUGAUCCAUACCUGUAGCUGGAGUAGCUUUAAUUUGUAGCUUUUGCUCCUACUAGGUGUAUUAUUUCGAAUUGAAAAUGUACUUGAUUUUUGUUAAGAUUUCAUCGCAUAGGUGAAAUCUACCAGAAAAAUUAAAUGUCAUCCGAAAGUCUAAUCUUCAGAGAAAA